AUGAUUAUAUAUAUUUGUGGGGGGAGCAUCGUGCGCUCGUUCUUGAAGCACGGCGCCAAAGUCUGCGUGGCCGACGGGCGGGACCCUGACGACCUAAGCCUUGUUGGUAACAACAACGUCUCAUUCGUCCGCUGUGAUGUGACCGCGGAAGACGACGUGCGGCGAGCGGUCGACCACGCAGUCGAGAGGUUCGGCGGCCUGGACGUGAUGGUGAACAACGCGGGGGUGCUGGGCCCCACGACGUGCAGGGACAUCCGGGAGUUCGACGUGGCGGAGUUGGACCGAGUGUUUGGGGGUGAACGUGAGGGGCGUGUUCCUGGGGAUGACGCACACGGCGCGCAUCAUGAUCCCGAGGGGAAAUGGGUCGAUAGUGUCCUUGUGCAGCGCGGCGGGGGUAGUGGGAGGGAUGGCAGAUCACGCGUACGCGGUAUGGAGGAGGAUGAGAUGGUUGAGCGGAUGAGGUGGCUAAAUGAGAGUGUGGCCAACCUUAAGGGAGUGGAGCUGACGGUGGACGAUGUUGCAUGUGCGGUGGUGUUUUUAGCCAACGACGGGGCGCGGUACGUGAGUGGGGCCAACCUCAUGGUCGACGGAGGGUUCACCUCGACCCACACUUUUGAACAACUUCUUCGGUGA